UGACGCGUCCAUGUGGCUGCUGCUGGUGCUGGCCUUGGCGCUGCUGCCGGGGGGGGCUCAGGGCACCGCCGGGGCCGGAGCCCCACGCGGGAUGCAGCAGAAGGAGCUGGAGGUGCCCGGGCAGCAGCAGCAGCGCUCCCGGGCUCCGUGUGCCUCCGCAGGCUGCGGGGCGGUGACGGGACCCGGCACCGUCCGGGGGUUCCUGGGGAGAUCUCUGUCGGUCACCUGCACCUACCCGCCGGGCUGGGAGGAGUACCCGAAAUUCUGGUGCGUCCCGAGUGGAAAUACUGUUUUUACCUGUGAUAAGGACAUCGUCAUCACCUCGGAGUCGCAGCCCGUGGUGGUGCGGGGCCGGUUCUCCAUCCGGGACAACCGCACACAGCGGGCAUUCACGGUGACCGUGCACGGUCUGUCCGAGGAGGACGAGGGCACCUUCCGCUGUGGAGUGCGAACGGAAAGGCUUCUGCGUGAUGAGAGUGCUGCUGUGAAGGUGAUCCUGCUCUCAGCUCCUUCCACUGUCCCAUCAUGGACCUACGUGACCACCACGUCCUCUGAUCUCAUUCUCUCAGGCCACACACAGACAAUUUCCCAGGGGGAAGUUUUGCAAUCAACAUCAAAUCCCUCCACCCCUCAACUCGUGAAUGUGGUUGAGCACAUCCUCACUCCAGCCAUUGUUGUGGUCCUUUUUUUGCUUGCAGUGGCUGCUGGUGUUCUAGUAGUACUCUCCAGGAAGAAGAAGGCCACAUCCAUGUUUCAUCCAGCCCUUUCUGGAGCAGCCAUAGAGAUGGACAGGACUAGCACCAUGUCACCUACAGGGACAGAAGCCUUGACCUACGCGGACAUCACCCGCGGCAGGGGCACGGCCGGGAGCCAGCACGGCGGUGCUGAGCCUGUCCCCCCGCUGGAAACGCUCCCGGUGGAGUACACAGAGGUCAGGCUGAGCGCUCAGCUUUUGGAAGAGGAAAGAGAGGCGUUAUAUGCCAGAGUGCAGAAGCCCGCGCCGCAGCAGGAGCAGAUCUACGCCAACGUGCCAUCAGCUCCACAGCCCAGUGAAGAGCUCUACAGCACAGUGUGGGGCAGCUGAGCAAGCACCCGGCCCCACGGGCUGCUCCUGCUGCUGGCAGCACCAGUGAGACUUGCACAGAGCACACGGGGUUGAUGUUCUGCUCAGGCAGGAGCCGGCUCGAUAGCAGAGCUGUUGGUCUCUGAGGCUUGGAUGUUUCUUUGAGGCAACAUCAGAGAGGAUGAGGUUGUGUGGAGGCACAGAGAGGGUUGAAGAUAAAGUGGUGCCUUUGCAAAUGCA